CACGAGAGCGCGCAGAUCUACACCGCAGUCCCAAGGACAUGCUUGCUGCCUGCCUCCUUUAUUUAUCUCCUAAAAACCCGCUCGCGCUGUUCCAUUUUCGGGUCACAUUUCCUGCCAGGAAAGGGACCGAUAGGAGAAUAAAGAAGUGUAAAGCUUUCCAGGUCCCCGAUGCUCAAGCUUGGUGUAAUCUCACGGAACAGCAAGCAGCCCAUGAAGAUUAUCAAAAUAAUCCAGAAGAUUUGCUUUCCUAAGGUGAUCUAAGUAUAAUGAAAAUGAUUCCGAUUACGGAAUUCCGUCAGUUCUCGGAACAGCAGCCAGCGUUCCGAGUCCUAAAGCCAUGGUGGGAUGUCUUUGCCGAAUAUCUCUCAGUGGUCAUGCUCAUGAUCGGUGUGUUUGGCUGCACGCUGCAGGUAAUGCAGGACAAAAUCAUAUGUCUUCCUCAAAGGGUUUCUGCUCCAAACCAAACAGUGCCUUUGCUGAACCACACAGAGCUCGCAAGGGAUCCGACCAAUUCCUCCCUCCCACCUGUCUCCCCGGUGCCGGUAUCCUAUGAGAUGAAGGGACUCAAAACCAACUUGGAUCUGCAACAGUACAGCUUUGUGAACCAACUGUGCUAUGAAAAAGCUUUGCAUUGGUAUGCCAAGUAUUUUCCUUACCUGGUGCUCAUACAUACCCUUGUAUUCAUGGUGUGCAGUAAUUUCUGGUUCAAGUUCCCUGGCUCGAGCUCAAAAAUUGAGCACUUCAUCUCCAUAUUGGGAAAAUGUUUUGAUUCUCCAUGGACUACGAGGGCUCUGUCUGAGGUGUCAGGGGAGGGUCCAGAUGAGAGAGACCGCAAAAAGAACAGUGCAAGUAGAUCAAACCUUAAUACUUCCACCGUGGAGGGUAAUCUGGAGAAGACCCAGUCGCUGAGAUCUAUUCCGGAUAGGAUUGUAGUGGACAAACCAACAGUGAGUGCACUAGACAAAAAGGAAGGAGAGCAAGCUAAAGCAUUGUUUGAGAAGGUUAAAAAGUUCCGGCUUCAUGUGGAGGAAGGGGAUUUGUUGUAUCUCAUGUAUGUUCGACAGACUGUUAUUAAAGUGAUCAAGUUUGUUCUUAUCGUUGCAUACAACAGUGUUCUGGUGUCAAAGGUUCGAAUUACAGUUCAGUGUGAAGCAGACGUGGAGAAUAUGACCGGCUACAAAAAGUUUUUGUGCAAUCACACCAUGGCCCAUCUCUACUCCAAGCUCUGCUACUGCUAUUUGUGUUUUGUAAUAGUCUACGGAUUAACGUGCCUUUAUACAUCAUACUGGCUUUUCUACCGUUCUCUGAAAGAGUACUCUUUUGAAUAUGUGCGGCAGGAGACUGGAAUUGAUGACAUCCCUGAUGUAAAAAAUGAUUUUGCUUUUAUGUUGCACAUGAUUGACCAAUACGAUCCACUAUAUUCCAAGAGAUUUGCAGUGUUUCUGUCAGAGGUGAGCGAAAACAAGCUCAAACAACUCAAUCUGAACCAUGAGUGGACCGUAGAAAAACUGCGCCAAAAGCUACAGACUAAUGCUAGUGACCGAUUGGAGCUUCAGCUCUUUAUGCUCUCAGGGCUUCCAGAUACAGUCUUUGAGGUCACCGAACUGCAGUCCUUGAAAUUGGAGAUUAUUAAUAAUGUCACAAUCCCUCCAGCCGUUUCUCAACUGGAAGAUCUUCAGGAACUUUCUCUGCACCAAUGCACGCUCAAAAUCCACACAGGGGCCCUCUCUUACCUGAAAGAAAACCUUAAGGUCCUGCGUGUGAAGUUUGAUGACAUUCGUGAACUUCCUCUUUGGCUCUACAGUCUUCGAAAGUUGGAGGAACUCCAUCUGAUUGGAUCUCUGAGUCCAGAUGCUUCAAAGAACAUAACUUUGGACUCUUUACGUGACCUAAAGUCCCUUAAGACCUUGACACUCAAAAGCAACCUUACGAAGAUCCCCCAGUCAGUUGUGGACGUGUCCAGCCACUUGCAGCACCUGUAUGUGCACAACGAUGGCACCAAGCUGGUCAUGCUGAACAACCUGAAAAAGAUGACGUAUCUUAUAGAGCUUGAGCUGAUUCAUUGUGACCUUGAACGCAUUCCGCAUGCCAUCUUCAGUCUGACCCAUCUACAGAAGCUGGACCUUAAAGAGAACAGUUUGCGCUCUAUUGAGGAGAUCAUCAGCUUCCAGCACCUCCGGAAACUCACGUGCCUGAAGCUGUGGCACAAUGCGAUCUCUCACAUCCCUGAGCAUAUCAAGAAGCUGGGCAGUCUGGAGCGCCUCGAUUUUAGCCACAACAAGAUCGAGAUUUUGCCCUCACACUUGUUUCUGUGCAACAAGCUACGCAAUCUUGACCUUUCUAACAAUGACAUCAGCUUCAUUCCUCCAGAAGUAGGUGUUCUCCAGAGCCUUCAGUACUUCUCACUCUCAAGCAACAAAAUCGAGAUCCUCCCAGAUGAGCUCUUCUUCUGCAAAAAGCUGAAGACCCUCAAGCUUGGGAGGAACAAGAUUUCUGUGCUCUCACCAAAGAUUUCUUACCUGACUUCACUGAUUCAUUUGGAGUUAAAGGGCAAUCAAUUUGAAGUUUUGCCUGCUGAGCUCGGCUGCUGUCAAACCUUGAAGCGCAGUGGCCUUGUGGUAGAAUCCACCCUGUUUGACACUCUGCCUUUAGAAGUCAGGGAAUAUAUGAAAGCUGAGUGAUGUUCCUUAGCCUUGGUUAAAAAAAAAUCUCCGAUGUUUAGAAAAAAAGGAAACAUUACAAAUUCUUUUUAACUGAACUUGUAUCUCACUUCCACACACUCAAUAUUUUGACAUUUACGGGUGAGUACCUGCUUUUAAAUGCUUAGAUAUUUGAAAAACACAUGAUAUUAACAAAAGGAAACCUCUUUGGAGUAGAAUUUAGUAUUGUAUUGUAUUGUACUUCAAAGCUGAUUUAGUUGUUUUAAGGAUUUAAGACAACGUUACAAUUGAUCAUUCAUUUAUAUAAGCACCUUAUUAUGUAGAGUUCUCUACCAUAUCAAAGAAUAGAGAUUAGUCUCAGUGUUAACAUGUAUUCAAAGAGUCGUUGCAUUGCAUGUAUUGCAUUAUUAAUAAUGGUGAGGAUUUCGUAUGUAUAAGUUUUACAAAUCAUAAACUGAACCAUGUUGGCCUGCCAAGCUGCAGUAUUUUGCCUUUGUAAACGAAAUGACAACAUGUCUGCAGAGUCUUUUAUGGUUGCUAACAGUGGUGAUGGAUUGAAAAGGGCUAAUCUUGUGCAGUGAGUGUAUGUCAUAGUUAGAUCCGAUGUCACAACGUUUUUUUUUGUAGCCUAUCAAGUUAAAUGGAUAAAUCAUUGUCCUAGACUUUUACACCAAAACGACUUUAGUGAGCAGCCAGCUCCACUUAUAGAAGCGGACUGGAAUACCAGGCUACUACACAGAUUCUAUAUCACAGUUAUUGUGUAACUUUUAUGAUAUUUUACUAUUUUUUUAGAACGAAACUCUGAUUUUCUGCUUUUUGAAAUGAAUGAGUCAGAUCACUCGAGGUGAAAGGACAUGAAAUUCAUUGUUUUUAGGACGAGGAAUUUCACUUUAUGCUGAAUAUCUAUGAGAACAAAGACCUGAAAAUGUGUAGCCAAUAGUAACCAAGUGGGUGGUACCAUUGUCGCUCUGGUCAGCCAAAAAAAAAAAAAUUAAACUUACUUUCAUUUAGUGGUCACACCACCUUUACUUUUUCUAUCGUCUUUUUUGUUUGGCACACGCUUUGGAAAGGACUUUCAAAGUUAGCUAUUUCAUUCACUGACGUAUGUUUGGUAAAAUAUUUUUUUCUUUGUUUGCUAGUUUUUCUCUGCUACUACAACAGUUUGCACUGAAAUGUUAACAUCCCAUCAUCUUAUUCAAUAAAAUUUAGCAUGCUUAUAAUACAUAUGUAUAACAAGUGCAGAAACUGUAUCAAAAUAUACUCUAAUAUGUGUAUAUAUAGAUAUUCUUUAUUGAAUUAUGCAACUUACUUGUUGGGUCAUUAGAGUGUUUUGAAGGUUUACGCACUGAUGGUUAGAGGAAGUGGUGGCACCACAAUUACUUAGGUGUUCUCAGGUAAUCUGGCUAGUCCUUUUCUUUUUGCAUCACAAGCUGAAGGGAAUCUUUCAAAAUAUACCUCCUUUAAAUACACUACAAGAGUGCUAUGGUGUGCUGUUGUAAGCUAUUUCUUUAUUAACAAAUUUUGUAUAGUAUUGCUAAUAAGCAUUUUAUAGCUUGACUGAUGGCCAGCUUUCCAGUUUUAUUAUUUUGUGUUGUACAUACAAUCUUUUUCUACAGUGAUAUUUCAUCACUAUCACUACUAACUCAUAGGAUCUUACCUACUUUAUUUUUUAUUAUUUUUUUUUUAAAUCUGUCACUACCUCUCUGCAGCUCACUUAUUGCUUAUUCAGCUAUAUCCAAAUACAUUUUUGUUGGUUUUAGCUAGCAUAUACCUAGGUUCUUUCAGAUAAAAGGCAUUUGUUUAGACAAAUUAUAUGUACAGUAAUUUUUAUUAAUAUGAUUUGGAGCUGAAAGUGUGCCUAUUUAAAAGGGGGCAUUAAACUUGGACUCUUAAUUGCCAUUAGUUGCCUUUGCACUGUUAUACUGUAAGAUUUUAUACUCAAGUGCUUGCUGUAGUUUUCAAACUUUUCUUUUUUUUUUGUGCAAAAAACAUUUGGUUAACACACAAAAUAAAAAUGAAGAAUAUUCUGAG